AUGCGGCUGUUAUUACAUUUCGGUCUCCUAGCAACAAGUAUCCUAGCCAACCUGCCAUCAUCUUCAGCACUACGCUUUGGUGAACAGUGCGAUGCUAGCCCUAUCUACACCGCAACAUGGCAAUACGACGACUCUUGUGAAAACAUCUAUUUAUUCUGUGACCCUGCGAGCAACACAUGCAAAUACAGAGGAUGCACCAACUCGGAUUACCUUGCAGGAUGGGAUACCAACACACACCCAUUCCCAACUCGAUGCACAGGCAAUACGUACUGUCCCGAUGAUAACUCUGAGUGCAAAGAAAGGAUCGCACCUGGCGGUCAUUGUGAAUUGCAACGUGAUGAUGAAUGUGCAGGCACCAAUCCUAUUUGCUUGAAUUCAACAUGCUAUGUCAAGGCGGCCCCGUUGGGUGGUAGCUGUGGUGCCGACAUCACCAUGUAUGUCACCUACGACGCCGAUAAUUAUGCAUUCCAACAAACGAUUGUACGUGACAACUGUACCAUGGGCACCUACUGUGUGGAUGACCGAUGCAUUGAUUCCAAAGAUUUGGGAGCUCAAUGUGAACAAGAUCGUGAAUGCCUAUCGGAAUAUUGCAGCACAGAGGGUGUGUGUGUCAAUGGCCCAGAUGUUUUCCACACUAUCCCCAAUUGGCUCUGGGGCGUUGUUGGUGCAGCCAUUGUGAUUUUUAUUCUUGUCGUUCUCAUCUUGCUAUGGUUCUUGCAUCGCUAUCAAUCCAAAAAGGAACGUGCAAAGAUCGCCAAAUUCUUUGGUGACAAUGAAGAGUUUGCCAAAUACGCCAUGUUGGAAAAUGACGCCAUGCCACUCUUUGGUGAUGAUCCAAACAGCAACAACUCAGGCGCAGUAACACCCUCCCCCAAUAACAGCCGUACAAGCAUGGUUUACUUGACGACGCCCGAUUAUUAUGAAUCAAGUGCACUCUCCACCCAUGCAGGUCGCAAGAGCUUCCGUAACUCAUCCGCAUCCAAACUACGUGAAUCCACUGCAUCAUUGGGUAUGGUUAGUGGUCGAGAAUCAGGUCACUUUGGUGGGCGAACUUCAACCACACCUGAUCGCAGCCGUACUCCUGAACCAUUUUAA